AUUUUGUCGUCCUCCCUCCUCCACGAGAAAAGUAAGAAAGGGAGAAGACGAAGAAUGUUACAGUUUCCGACGUUGAUGAGUCAGUUCCCGUCGUCGACGAAGGAAAUACCGGCGUCUUAUUUGCUUCCUUUACAGUGGCCUCAACCGCAGAACGAGGAGAUGCUUCUCGCCAUGGAAGAAGCUGAGUUCGAAGAAAAGUGCAAUGAGAUCAGAAAGAUGAGUCCUGCUUUACCGGUAAUUGGAAAACCAGUAGUUGACAACCAACAAGAAGAGGAUGAUAAUGAAGCAGAGGAUGAUGAUGCAGACAAUGCAGAGGAAUCAGAUGGUGAAGAGUUUGAGCAAGAAACCGGAUAGAAUAUCUUGAGGCUGGAAAACACACAAGGUUCAUUGAUGGAAUUAAUUAAGAUUGAACUUUAAGGCUACGUAUCUGAACCUUCUUGUGCUAAAACCAUUGUGAUUCUGACUUUGCAAGCCAUUUUUGUUUGUUUUGUUUUUUUGUCAAUAUAUUUUGGCCAUACAUUCAUUCAUUGGUCGUGGAUGAUUCGUAGUUCAUAUGUCUCAAAUCCCAUUGUCUUUAGUUUGUACAUUGAGAAUAAAACAUUUGGAAUGGUUUUGUUGUGUGUAA